AACUAAUUAAAAAUUGGAACACAACAGUGACUAGUUUUUGACGCCAAAACUUAUUUUUCUCACAAUUAGCGUGCUUUUAUUGUAUAUAACGUGUAAUAUAUAGUAGUUUUACUAUUAAAACAGUGCAAUAAGUAAAAUUUUCAAUAAAAUAAUGUCGCACUCCUACUCAAAUGCACCGAGUAGUAGCGGCGGUGGCUCAGUGACUGUAGCUGCCACCUCAAGUGGUGGUCGGCAUGGUUCCAGCAAUAAUCCAGCAAUUACCUCCCAUAUCAUAUCCUCGGGAACGUAUAACAUAUCAGGUGAUAUGGUAGUUACUUGCAGCAGCAGUACACCCAGUAAUCCCAAAGAGAAGCAAACAAAAGCACAGCGCACAGCUAUUGCACGUAGGCCCCCACCUACCAUUGACAACUUUUGGCAGAAUAUUAUGUCGGAUGUGCGUGGUAUAAAUCAAGUAGAUGCAAAGCACCAGGCUUUACCAUUGGCACGCAUCAAAAAGAUUAUGAAAUUGGAUGAAAAUGCCAAAAUGAUCGCAGCUGAAGCGCCGUUAUUAUUUGCAAAGGCCUGCGAGUAUUUCAUACAAGAACUUACUAUGCGCGCUUGGAUACAUACCGAAGAAAGUAAACGUCGCACGCUACAGCGUUCAGAUAUUGCACAAGCCAUUGCAAAUUAUGACCAAUUUGAUUUUCUUAUUGAUAUUGUGCCACGCGAGGACAUCAAACCCAGUACAAGUAGUGGAACAAAGAAAGAAUCGCCACAACAAAGUACCACAGUGACAACAACUAAUGCUACUCCGGCGGUAAUGACUGCUGGCACAGUAACGCUGCCGGUGAAGAUGGAAACAGCGGAAGGAGAAGUAUUGACAUUUGGCGCGCUCAAUUCUGAUACACUUACAGCGGCAGCAACGGCUAACCAACCGCAGCAGCCUCAACAAACACAUGCCACAAUACAUGCACCGCAACAAUUACAAAUAAUACAGCAACCAACAACAACACAACCGCAACAGUUGCAGUACUUCAUUACAACACCGGAUGCAUUGAAUGCAGCACACGGGCAAACUGCAGCGCCACAACAGCAACUGCAGAUCAUACAGCAGCCAGCGCAGCCGCAAUAUUUCAUAACAACUCAUCAACCACAACAACUCAUAUUGACCGCUGGCCCGAAUGGACAAUUCACCGCUACACCUGCGACAGCAAAUCCAGCGCAGCACCAACAGGCAACAAUUUUGCAAAAUUUGGCACAACAUCAACAACAACAGCAACCACAAAUACAACUACUGCAGCAAGUUGUUACACCGACCGGUGAAGUGACCAAUGUGCCCAUCGCUAUCAAUGCAAAUCAACUUAAUUUAUUACGACUGCAAAUGCAACCGCAAGCAACACAACAACUUUUGCAGCUCAACAACGCCACCAAUGUACCAGUGACCACUACCUCCCAUAAUGUUGCAGCCGCUCAUGUGCAAGCACAGCAGCAGCACCAUCAUGUUCACCAACAGCAGCCGCAGCAGCAGCAACAACAACAACAUACAAAUGCGACAAGCAUAUUCAUAAAUGCUACGCCGCAGGCUAUCGCAGCGGUACAGCAGCAUACGCAACAAGCCCAACAACAGCAGCAGCAGCAUCAACAACAACAACAACAACAGCAGCAGCACAUUAAUGUAGCAGGUGCUACAAUUAUUGCAACAGAUCGUAAUUUAUCUGGUGGCUAUCGACCGAAUUGCUAGCCUCCGGAGCUAAUCUAUCACCAACAAGCACCAACCACAUAUAAUGAUUGUUUCGCUGCUGCAGCAAAAGCGCACAUAGCGACGCAAUACAAUAGUGUAAAUCAUAUUUGAGAUAUGGAUAUCAGUCUUAAGUUGAUCUUUCGUUUAUAAUUUAUGAAAUUAUCUUAAACUUACAUAUAUAUAUAUAUAUGUACAUAUAUAUACAGAAUGUUUAUAGGGACUCUGAAAAGUUAGAUCGCUGAGAUCGCUUUAUUGACGAAAGUGACAAAAUUUUUUGUCCCAACUUGAGCGCUACGCUAAAGGUAGUAAUUUUUUACGAGAGAGAGAGAGAGAGAUAUCACCUUUCCAAGGGCAUUCUCAUUGCGUUUGAGUUGGAUCUCAAGCUUUAUGUCUUCUGCGCAAGCCAUGAAGUACAGAAUCUAUACUUAAAAUAUUUGAAGUGUAUAAAAAUCAUGUAUGUAUGUAUUGUACAAAUAUAUACUUAUGUAAUUUGGUUAGUAAAUAUAUUCGUACUUGUAAAUAGCAAACACAAUUAAAAGGGCCAAAUAGAUUAUAGUGCUAAGUUUAUAAAGUCAUCAAAACCAAUAUUACAUAUAUACAUAUUAAAUUUAUAAAAGAACGGCAGUAAGCAGGUUUAAAUGCAAAUUAAUUCAAGUCUGUGAUUAAUUAGCCGCAGUGUAUGUGUUUCAAAAUUUAUAAUGCCGUAUAAUUGUGCAUACAAAGUAAAUUUUAGAAUUAAUUGCAAAUAUAUAAUUAUGUAUAAUGAAUCUUUUAGUAUUUGUAUUUAGUUAUAUAUUACGAAAAAAAAUAACAGAAAAUCUUUAGAUGUAAAUUACGUAUGUAAAUGUGCAAAAAUUUAAUACAAAUAUAUACAUAUAUAAAGUAGUCAUUUUAAAC